UAAGUGCCAAGAACAUUCUCUUCUCGGUGUUAAUCAUAAUUCUCUCUUUUUUUCUCUUCUCUCUUUAAUUAACCUGGGUUUGGGUGACCAGGUAUGGUGACUCAAGGAAUUUGAUCGUCAUCAUUACCAUCUUCUUUGAGAAGAGGUCCUUACUCCUUAUAAAAGUUGGGCUCGGUGACCAGCUAUGGCUUCUGGGUCAUGCUUGCCAUUGCUCUUUCGCAGAAAGACAAUGACCUUCGAGGCAACCAAAGUCUCUAACAUAUCCAAAAAUCAAAAGCCAGCACAAAGCUUGAAGACAGAGAUGCCAUAUGGAAAAACCGGCAACUUCAUUUUGAUCAUGGAGCUCCGGAAGAAGAUCAUGACCUUCCGAGACCUCAUUGACCUACCUCCAUGUGAUGGCUCUGCUUCCAUUGAUGAGCUUGUGAUAUGGACAACGGAGGAGCUUCAUAAGAUGUACCCUGAAGUUGUACCUGGUAUUCCAGUCUCGGCAACCAUGGGAAUAGCAUCCAUGGAUCAGGGGCUUGUCUACCUUUGCAGGGCUUUGAAAUCUGUUGGAGACUUGUGGAUGAAGAACACAGAGUGGAUGGGCAAUAUCAAAUAUGAUGCUCAUGGAAAUUUAGAGCAACUGGGGUUAGCACUACUUGAUUGCAUGAUUAAGGUUGCAAAAGACAAAUUUGAUAUGAUGGAAGAGGAAGAUGCGGGGAAAGAUAAUAGUCCAGGACCAGAGACAAGUACCUUUAUGAGAUCGUAUUCGUUCAAUAAAACUGCCUCUCCAUGCCUUUCUCCGGUUACUCCAACUUCAGUCCUUCCAGAGCUUACCAACUAUCCUUCCAAAGUUGGAGACUUUGCAUAUGCUUCUUCUUCCCCACCCUUUCUCUGGCCUCUGAGAAUGCAAGCUGUGGGGAAAUUGAAUCCCAUUGAUGUAAAACACCUCUCUUUUCACAUGUUCCCUCGUGUGAUACCCCAAGAUUCCACCUCUAAUUUUACCCAAAAGAAGAGCACAGUUAAGGAACCAGAGCAAGAGAUGGAAGCAAAGAGCGAUUCUGAAAUGACAGUAGCAGGUGCCUUUGAGGAAGCAAAAGAUGACAAAAGUAUUGAGGAAACACCAGAUGUUGUGGUGGCUGAUUUGAACGAUAUGAGCAGCAACGAAGGGGGAGAUAACAAAAUCAGUGAAGCUGAAAACCUGAGUAUAUCCCCAAUGCCGUCUUCUGCGUCGUUUGAAAGAGAAGACAGGGAGGUGUUCGGACCACCACCAGCUCCACCAUCACCACCAGCACCACCCCAGCUCUCUUUAAAUGCAGAAAGAGUGUCACUACCACCACCCAUGUUGCAGCCAAAAAUAGCAGCACCUCCGCCGCAGCCACCACCACCACCACCACAACCACUACCUUUGGUGACUUCAAGAGUAUCAGUGCCACCACCCCCACUACCACCAAUGCCACUUACUAAUGAAGUUGCUCCACCUUCACUGCCACCUUUGAUGCCUUCAAAAGGAUCAGUGCCAUCACCACCAGCACCACCAAUUCCACUUACAACUGGGGCUGCUCCACCACCACCACCACCUCCACCUAUGCCUCUUUCAAAUGGAGCUGCUCCGCCAUCACCGCCACCCAUGCCUCUUUCAAGUGGAGCUGCUCCCCCGCCACCACCUUUCAUGCCUUUAAAAGGAACAGGGCCAUUACCACCCCCACCACCCAUGCUACUUACAAAAGGAGGUGCUCCUCCACCUCCUCCGCCAGGUGGGGCCAAAAACCUACGUCCUAGGAAAGCAGCUACUAAAUUAAAGAGAUCAACUCAAAUGGGUAAUUUAUAUCGGGUUCUCAAGGGUAAGGUGGAAGGAUCAAGCCUACAAGGUCAAUCAUCAAAUGGGAGAAAAGGCCUGGCUGGGAGCUCAGCUGGUGGAAAACAGGGAAUGGCUGAUGCACUAGCAGAGAUGACAAAGAGGUCUGCCUACUUCCAACAAAUUGAAGAAGAUGUUCAAAAACACGCAAAAUCAAUCAUGGAGCUGAAAGCUGCAAUUGGUUCUUUCCAAACAAAGGACAUGAAUGAGAUGCUUAAGUUCCACAAACAUGUGGAAUCCUGUCUUGAGGAGCUCACUGAUGAAAGCCAGGUGCUAGCAAGGUUUGAAGGUUUCCCCACAAAGAAGCUAGAAGCAUUAAGGAUGGCAGCAGCAUUAUACUUGAAACUAGAUGCAAUAGUUGCUAACCUGCAAAAUUGGAAGCCAGUGGCUCCCUUGGGCCAACUCCUUGACAAGGCUGAGCAUUACUUCAGUAAGAUCAAAGGAGAGAUCGAUGCACUGGAACGAACCAAAGAUGAAGAAUCCAAGAAAUUUCAAAGUCAUAACAUCCAUUUUGACUUCGGUAUCCUUGUCCGUAUUAAGGAAUCAGCAGUCGAUGUUUCCUCAAGUUGCAUGGAGUUUGCACUUAAGGAGAGGAGAGAAGCAAAGGCGAUGGAGAACCAAGGCAGUUCUGGGUCGAAAACCGAAGGACCAACAAAGGGAUGUGGCAAAAUGCUUUGGAGGGCUUUUCAGUUUGCAUUCCGGGUGUACACCUUUGCUGGUGGACAUGAUGAUCGUGCAGAGGAGCUAACUAGAGAAUUGGCUCAAGAAAUAGAAUCUGAUCCUCGGCAUGUAUGACAAACAUUUCAUCACAAAAUAUAGUACUAUAUAUUCAAAUAUAAUUUGAAAACAAAAAUAAAUAAAUAAAUCAUGAGGCAAUCGAU